ACCUGGCAACCCCCUAGUAGCCAGGAAAGAGUCGACAGAAUGUUGACAGGAGCGACAUCACUGCACUGAGCACGUAUUAUUCAUGGUUUGUCUCACUUAAGAAGAAAAACCUCAUUUAACAAGAAAAGCCUCUGUUUAUUGCGCUAGCGACUGACAGUCAAUUCACAAGAUCAGGUCCACAACAGCGAAAUGAGCCAUCUGUGACAUUCAGUAUGCUGGCCUAUUGGACUUGAACAGAUCGAAUACGACUUAAGAGACUGCUGGGUCCGUCAGGGCUUGAACCUACGUUAGGGGAAGAGAUGGGAAACACAGCGACCAAGUUCCGUAAGGCUCUCAUCAAUGGGGAUGAGGUGCUGGCCUGUCAACUGUACGAGAGCAACCAGCAAUUCAGAGAGGCUCUGGAUCCCAACUCUACAUACGGAGAGUCCUACCAGCACAACACCCCACUGCACUAUGCUGCCCGGCACGCCAUGACACGCCUACUCAGGUCUUUUCUCCUAAGCAAAGAUGGGAAUCCUAACAAGCGUAAUGUGCACAAUGAGACAUCUCUGCACCUUCUCUGCAUGGGGCCACAGAUCCUGACCUCAGAGGGGGCACUACAACCCCGGAUCUCACGGCCAUAUGAAGACAAGCAGCGUCGGGCAGAAUGUCUACAAAUCGUCCUGGCAUGGACCGGAGCAAAGCUGGACCAUGGAGAGUAUGAGACUGCUGAUAUCAAUGCCACAGACAACAAGAAAAACACCUGCCUACACUAUGCUGCUGCCUCAGGCAUGAAGACUUGUGUUGAGUUCCUAUUGCAGAGAGAUGCAGACCUGUUUGCAGAGAACGAAAACCGCGAGACUCCAUGUGACUGUGCAGAGAAGCAGCACCACAAGGAGCUGGCCCUGUGCCUGGAGUCGCAGAUGGUCUUCUCUCAUGCCCCCGAGGCAGAGGGUAUAGAGGCGGAGUACGCAGCCCUCGACCGAAGAGAGCUCUAUGAGGGCCUGCGGCCUCAGGAGCUACGGAGGUUGAAGGACAUGCUGAUAGUAGAGACAGCCGACAUGCUGCAGGCCCCGCUCUUCACUGCAGAGGCACUGCUACGUGCCCAUGACUGGGACAGAGAAAAACUCCUAGAGGCCUGGAUGACCAAUGCAGAGGAAUGUUGCCAACGCUCAGGGGUACAAAUGCCCAACCCUCCUCCAAGUGGCUACAAUGCCUGGGACACCUUGCCCUCACCCCGGACGCCACGCACCACCCGCUCCUCCAUCACCUCUCCAGACCAAAUCAGCCUCAUGCCAGCCGAUGAGGAGUCUUCUCUGUGUGGUAUCUGCAUGUCUUCCAUCUCCGUCUUCGAGGAACCUGUUGACAUGUCCUGUGGCCAUGAGUUUUGCAGAGGAUGUUGGGAAGGGUUUCUAAAUCUAAAGAUCCAAGAGGGUGAAGCCCACAACAUCUUCUGCCCGGCCUUUGACUGCUACCAGUUAGUGCCUGUGGAAGUCAUUGAGAGCGUAGUAUCUAGAGAGAUGGACAAGCGUUACCUUCAGUUUGACAUCAAGGCAUUUGUGGAGAACAAUUCAGCAAUCCGCUGGUGUCCUGAGGCAGGGUGUGACAGGGCAGUGAGACUGAACACCCAUGGCCCUGGGACCUCCACCUCAGACCCUCUUAGCUUUCCCCUCCUUCGCGCCCCUGCAGUUGAUUGUGGCAAAGGCCACCUCUUCUGCUGGGAGUGUAAAGGUGAGGCCCAUGAGCCCUGUUACUGUGAGACCUGGAAAAUGUGGCUACAUAAAGUCACUGAAAUGAGACCUGAGGAAUUGGCUGGUGUGAGCGAAGCUUACGAAGAUGCAGCCAACUGCUUAUGGCUGCUUUCGAACGCCAAACCCUGUGCCAAUUGCAAGUCCCCAAUACAGAAAAAUGAAGGCUGCAACCACAUGCAGUGUGCUAAGUGUAAGUAUGACUUCUGCUGGAUCUGUCUGGAGGAGUGGAAAAAGCACAGCUCAUCAACAGGAGGCUACUAUCGUUGCACCCGGUAUGAGGUCAUUCAGCAGGUGGAGGAACAAUCAAAGGAGAUGACUGAAGAGGCAGAGAAGAAACACAAGAGCUUUCAGGAACUUGACCGUUUUAUGCACUACUACACACGCUUCAAGAACCAUGAGCACAGCUAUCAGCUGGAGCAGCGCCUGUUGAAAACAGCCAAAGAAAAGAUGGAGCAGCUCAGUCGAGCCCUGAGUGGAAGGGAAGGAGGCCCACCUGACACUACAUUCAUUGAAGAUGCGGUCCUAGAACUACUAAAGACUCGCCGCAUCCUCAAGUGCUCUUAUCCAUAUGGGUUCUUUUUGGAGCCCAAAAGCACAAAGAAAGAGAUCUAUGAGCUUAUGCAGACGGACUUGGAGAUGGUGACAGAGGACCUAGCUCAAAAGGUCAACCGGCCUUAUCUGCGCACGCCGCGCCACAAGAUCAUUCGUGCAGCCUGUCUGGUACAGCAGAAGAGGCAGGAGUUUCUGGCCUCCGUAGCCAGGGGAGUGGCCCCCAAUGACUCUCCUGAGGCCCCCAGGCGCAGUUUUGCUGGCGGAACAUGGGACUGGGAAUAUUUAGGCUUUGCAUCACCUGAGGAGUACGCAGAGUUCCAGUACAGACGGAGACAUAGGCAGCGGAGGCGAGGUGACAUGUCAAGUCUCCGUAGCAACACACCUGACCCUGAUGACCCCAGUGACAGCACAUCAGACACACAGGAUGUUGGAAGUGGACGUAGACAAGGUCCUUUGAUGGGUCUAGGUUCUUUGGAUGACGAUGACCCCAACAUUUUGCUGGCCAUUCAGCUGUCACUUCAGGACUCGGGGAUGGCAGUGAGCGGGUCCAGCCAUGACACCCUUGCUAAUGAAGCCUCACUCGGUGCUAUCGGCACCUCCCUGCCUUCCAGUCUUGAACAGAGUGUGCCAGGGAUCGAGGUCCUCCCCAGAGCUUCACUGAGCAGCUCAGAACUGCUGGAGCUCGGGGAUAAUUUGGCUAGACGUGGCAAAAACAACAUCAGCAGCCAGUACUCUGCUUCCACUGGUGUCACUGCCUCCGUACAGCACAGCGACAGUCAGCACCACGCCUACAGGUCUUCUGCGCCGAUACCAGUGGUUCCAGGAGGCAGCAACUCAUCGACAGGCCUCUUCUCGUCAUCUAGUGACACAAUCGAUUCAACUACAUGCGGCAGCCACGACCCAUCCUCAUCCUCUGCGUUAGCAGCAAAUGCCAACCUGCUGGGCAACAUCAUGGCUUGGUUCCAUGACAUGAAUCCUCAAGGUAUCACCCUGGUUCCCUCCACCUCCAGUGAUACUGACUCCAACCUCGGUGCUUUCCAUGCAGGCGAAGGUGGUUGCAUGCAGGAUGAUGAAAAAGUCGGGGUCAUCCUCCCGGAAAACCGGAAACCUCAGGAAGUUCUGUCAGAGGUGGGUUUCUGCUCUCAGACACUGAGUGACGCUAAGGAGAAGGAGUGCGCUGUCGCUGAUAGGCCGACCCAGUUAGAUCUUGUGGGGCUGGACACCAUGCCACUACCUUACAUGGCCACCCUCGAUGCAAGUGAAGACAACACCGAACGGGGAGGUUCAAAGGUCUGCCAUGUCGACACACCGCGAUGUGACUCCAUAUCUGACCAGCUGCCCAGCACCAGCUCCUCUGAGUGGGAGGACCAAGUGCAUUUGGUCUGAGCUGAUUGGCUGAGAUGGAAAGGAGCUUUUCCACAUAGGCCAAAAGUGUGUAGUGAGUAUUCAGGUGGAAUGUAUGCAGAAUGAAGAAUGUGUUCAUUGGAAAGUGGGGGAAGAAGUAUUUAGGCUUUUAGCUUAGUCUAGCACUGCAGUUAGAUGUGUUUACAGUAUAGUCACCCCCCCCCCCCCCAAAAAAAAAACAGUCCACCUGCAAAGACAGCACUAACUGAAGGAGAGAUUGCAUUUCAUAACAGUUUUCAUGGAUAUAUUUCCUCAAAUGAUUCUGUGCUGAUCGAAAUAAGUUGCUUUUUCUGACAUCAGUUCUAGCGGACAUAAGAAGCAUAGAGACUAAAGUGUAGUGCAGUUUUUUGUUUUUUUUCCGCUACUGUAUGCGUCUGAAUCAGGUCUGAGGGAGGUUUUUCAACUGUACACAGGAGCAGAAAAAUAUUUUUGUUCCAAUAUUCAAUCUGUGGGGUACAAGCUGUGAAAUAGUUUCUCGUUCCUGUCCAAAUCUACCUACUUUCUAGGUGCCAAACACUGACUUGCAAAAGCACAAUUUGCAGUCACCAAGUGGAUUCUUCAAAGCAAAUUGUGCCUGCUUAUUACAAUCUCAACAACUCAGCUAAACUUGUAUGUGAAAGUCUCAAGCCAUAUUUUUAUUUGAGAUUGUGGCUGAGUGAUAUUUUCAGAUCUAAAAAGCUGUAGUGUGCUGUGCAACUCUGUAGUUUAAUAUCAUGACGGUUGUCUUACCUUAUGUCAAGUACUCACACAAAACUAUUUCAAUUAAUCAUUCAAAUGAAAAGUUGGUGACCUGCUACACAUUUCAAAAUUGAGUUGGCAGUGGUUAUUCAUCUCAUAGCCUUGAUCCUCACACACCUUCAAUGAUGUUCAAAACUGACAGACACUGACAGGCCCUCAGGGGCUGCACGGUGUCAUUCAGUUCACUAUACUCUGAUUUCCAUUGUAGUUCACUUAAAUUAAUGUUGAUGUGCUGCAGCUGAAUGUGGACUGUGACAAAGUAGACAGUGAGUAGUCUUGUUUAUACACUGCAGGAAAGGCCAGUGAAAAGGAUAAUCAGACAGUCACAUUCAGACUUUGGUGAAUUUAAUAAUCAAGCCCAAGUCACUGUAAUUUAUCUCUUGGUUCUGUUUCAGUGUAAAAGAAGCAAAUCCUCUUUAGAGCUCUGCACGUGUCCUGAGCUACAGGGUGAUGCAUUCAUGAAUGUGUAUUUCAUCUCAAACACAUGGGCAGAAACAUCCAUGUCUUUGAAAUGCUUCUCUACACAGGUAGAGAUACAGUGCCUUUAUGUCAAUCACCAUUAUUUAAUUCUUUUUCACACAUUUUUCUGAGUGCUAAUUAUACACAGUAUUUACAGUGUAAAAAAAAAAAAACAUAAACAAAAAAAACAGCACCUGUUACCUUAAAGUUAUUUCUCUCAUCAUGUUAAUAGACUGCAAACAUGAGCUCCUGAGCUCCCCCCCUCCCCCCAUAAAAAGUGUGUAGCAUGAGGGUUUUUGUUUGUUCUAGUAGUGUAUUGUUAACAAAUAACACUAAUUUUAUAUGAUUUGUUAUAAUGGUUAACAGUUUAUGUCGUACGUUCAAAUCUUUUCCCAAAUAUUUUUGAAAAAAGGUUCGACUUCAGUCCACUCUGUUUUGUGCAGAGAGACGUCUUGCCCUACAAGUUUGAAACUUUUUUUUUUUGUUGUUCUUAAGAAACUAAAUCACUGUAUUGACUUUGGAAUGAGUUGACCUACUGUACAUGUAUCUUACCUGAAGACACUAAAAUGGAGGAAAGUUGCAAUAUGAAGUAGGUAUUUAUUUGAAAAAAUGAUCCAUUAAAGAGAAUGGAUUGUGUAUAACCAAUAUGAAAGGAAACACACUGAUGAGUGUUUUACCUUUAAGACUUAAUUAUGUUUUUGUACAGGCUAAUGUCUGACUGAAGUAAAUUACCUUUUGUUUCUAGCAGACGUGGAGCCACAUUAAUCCUGAAGGUAGUGAUUGCUUUCAAAAGUGUCUUGAAGUUGUAAAACUGUGAGUGCCAUAAUGUUAGCGGAGCCUGGUCAUUUUAAAUGGCUUAAACAGUGUAACGGUAUGAUGUGCAUGAAAUGGGUUUAAGUCUAAAUGGGAUUUGUACUUCCUUUGUAUUUCACCUCUGAUGUCCAGGUGAUUUAUUUUAAAAUGGCAUAUAACAUUUUGUAACUCACUGAGAUUUUCUAUUGUAAAGCAACUAAUCCUUGAAAUGCUAUUUGCACUUUCAUAGUCUAUACUUGAUACAUUCCCUCUUUAUAUGAAAAAUGUUUGAUGUGUGACGUCAAUAAACUACGUGUUGAGUUUUGAUUUUA